AUGCCACAAGACCCCAAUCUCUACGGGCAGCGCCCGGCCAAGCGACAGAAGAAGGAGAUGGCCCUCUCCACCUCGCUCGACUUCAAAUCGCAGCUCACCUCCCUGAUCUCGAAACCCUCCACCUCUUCCUCCUCCUCGGCAACAGGAGCGAUCUCAGCCGGCAAGCCCCGGCCCUCAAAGUCCAAACAGGACAUCUUCUCCGGCGUCAAGGCCAAGCGCAGCAGCAAAGACCCCUCCUCCUCGAGCCGCAGGCAUCAGCAGUCCGACAAUGACAACCGCCUCGUGCUCAAGGACCCCCGCGGCACAGAGGAGGACAAGGCCGAGCAGGCCCGCGCGCGGCGCAAGAUGGAGGCCAAGGCGCGGCUCUACGCUGCCAUGCAGCGCGGCGACUAUGUGCCCGCGGAGGGCGAGGCUGCGCCCCUAGUAGACUUCGACCGCAAGUGGGCAGAGAAGCACCCGGACGGGACGGGCGGCGGGGGCGUCUCGAGCUCUGACGACGGCUCAGACGAGGAAGAAGAGGACAACAUCGACACGGAGAUCAUCGAGUACGAGGACGAGUUCGGGCGCCUGCGGCGGGGGACCCGCGCCGAGAAGGCGCGCAUGGAGCGGCGGCUCCGCGCGCGCGACGUCGGCGCCGCCGAGCUGGACCGCAUGUCUGCGCGGCCCAAGGCGCCCGACGGCCUCAUCUACGGCGACGCGGUGCAGGCGGCGGCGUUCGUGGCCGCUGACGAGGACCGCAUGGAGGAACUGGCGCGCCGGCGCGAUCGCAGCGCCACGCCGCCCGAGGCCAAGCACUACGAGGCCGACCGCGAGAUCCGCACAAAGGGCGUCGGCUUCUACCAGUUCAGCAAGGACGAGGCCACACGGGAGGAGGAGAUGCGCAGCCUCGAGGCGGAGCGGCAGAACACGGAGCGCGAGAGGCGAGAGCGAGAGGAAAAGAAGGAGGCUAGGAAACGGGAGAUUGAGGCUCGGCGGGCAGAGAUCGAGGCCAGGAGGAAAGAGAUUGGUGAGAAGAGGGCGAAGAAGAUGGCGGAUAGCUUCCUGGACGGGCUGGCUGUCGAUUUAAGUGGUGAUAAGGAUAAUGGGGGUGCAGGAUAG